UGCACGCGCGGGAUGUAGUUUUAGUUUAUUCCCAACAGAAAUAACGAUCGCUUGUUAUCUGAGGCGAACUGCCGGUGUCCUGACGCACGCACGGACGCGCGCGAGUCUAUCAGGAGGCGUCAAGCUCGAGAGUCGUUUAUUCUGAGGAGGAUUUCGCACUUGCUCGCACAGUUUCGCGGUGAUAUUAUUGUAGUCAGUGGAAGCAUGUGAAGCUGUUAUUUUCAAGGAAUGGAUCUUAAAAGGUGUCCAAAAACUACAGGUUUCCCUGGUGAAUAAACACUGCCGAACACUGCCAAAAUGGACACGAAAUGGACGUUUACGCCCAAUUCCAACAUGUCCCUCCCUGACCGCCUGCUCAAUGAUAGUUUCUUCCCCGGAAACGAGUCUGACUUUGGUCUGGAGAUGUACCCUCACAACAGCACCCACCCUGGCUUUGACCAAACCAGUUCUGUUGUCAUCACAUUCGUGUACUUCGUGGUGUGCGCGGUGGGGCUCUGUGGGAACGCCCUGGUCAUGUACGUCAUCCUGCGCUACGCCAAGAUGAAGACCGUCACGAACAUCUACAUUCUGAACCUGGCCGUAGCGGAUGUCCUGUGCAUGCUGAGCUUGCCUUUCAUCGCCAUUCAGCUCUCGCUGCUCCACUGGCCUUUCGGAUCGGCGAUAUGCCGCGUCGUCCUAACCGCGGACUCCAUGAACCAGUUCACCAGCAUCUUCUUCCUGACGGUCAUGAGCUUCGAUCGAUACCUGGCCGUGGUGCAUCCCAUCAAAUCCACCAAAUGGCGAAAGCCGCGCAUGGCCAAAACCAUCAGCCUGGCCAUGUGGGUCAUCUCUCUGCUGGUCAACCUGCCGAUUAUGAUUUACAGUGGAGUGAACGUUAAAAAGAACGAGGCGAGGACGUGUACCAUGUUGUGGCCAGAGCCACAGAACACCUACUACACCGUUUUCAUCUUCUACACCUUCUUCAUGGGGUUUUUCUUACCGCUGAUCGUCAUCUCCAUGUGCUACCUGCUCAUCGUCAUAAAGGUGAAAUCCUCCGGCAUGCGAGUCUGCUCCAGCAAACGAAAGCGCUCGGAGCGGAAAGUCACCCGUAUGGUGUCUAUCGUAGUAGUGGUGUUCGUCUUAUGCUGGCUACCUUUCUACGUAUUCAACGUGACGUCUGUGACCGGAACCGUUCCCACCACACCUGUGCUGAAGAGCACCUUUGACUUCGUGGUGGUGCUGGGAUACGCCAACAGCUGCGCCAACCCCAUCCUCUACGCCUUCUUGUCGGACAACUUCAAGAAGAGCUUCCAAAACGUCCUGUGUCUUAAGAGAGUCGGGGGCUUGGACGAGAUCGAGCGCAGCGACAGUCGACAGGACAGGACUCGGAUGGUCAACGACGUCAUGUCUGAGACGCACAACGCCGCGCUGCUCAACGGAGACCUUCAGACCAGCAUCUGACGAGGAGAUACACAUCUGCUGAGACAUGAAAUGUGUUCGUCGAACCGUCUGCGUUGGGAGAGAUUUAGUAAUUAAGACCAAUGAUACAGAUGCAACCCAAACGUCUUAAAAAAUGCAUUUGCAUGGACUUGAUCUGGUCUCGUGUAUUUAAGCGAUGAGCAAACGAAUGUUAUUUACUGUAAACUAUAUUUACUGUUUGAAGCUGUUGUGUUUCUCGCGUGUGUGUGUUCACUUCAGUGCCAAAACUGAUUUCAUGUUAGAAGACGAGUCUGUCUCCAGUAAGAUCACGGCUCUCAUUAGAUAAACAUGAUUUUAUUGUCUUUAUGGAAACGCAAGGCCGAGCUUGUUAGAAGCUUCUUAUUAUUCAAGGCUUUGUGUGAUGAUGAAAACAAGACGAGCGAGUGAUGCAUGACAAGGCCAAAUCACUGAAUGUAAAACAUCUCCGAAAUCAAAAAAAAAAAAUGUUUCGGGUAGCAUAUUUAUUUGUUGUUUAUGUAGUGCAUUAUGCUUGGAAUAUCUCGUUUACAUUCAUGUCAUGUAAACUCUGGUUCCCAGUAGAGUCUUAUUUUGGUAGAGCAUAUGUACAUAAGGUCCAGAGGAGGAGGAAAAGAUGGGCUCUGUUACAAAACUUAGUGAGAUUUCUACUUAAACAGCAUUAUAUGCUGCUCCAAAAAAAGUGUAGGCAGCACUAUUUAAGAUACCUCCUUCUUGAGCAAACUUCAAAGGCAGUAUUUAUACAGUAAACUUCAUAAAAAA